AUGAACUAUUCAAGAUGACAACGUUAUUAUAACAAUUUCAUGACAUUAUAUUACACUUAACCAAAUAUGUCAGCGCCCAUAUGUUAAAAACAUGACGGUAUCCUAAAUCAUUUAUUUUAAACAGUUAAGCAUUUGGAUAAACACAAAAGGGUAAGAAAACAUGAAUUCAAGCAAUGGAGGACCAACCCCAAAGAGAAUGAAGUUUUCUCAAAAUGGAGAUGAUCAUUACACAAAGGUUAGAGAAGAGCGUUUACAGUUGCCAAUACGUCCAGCUCGUAACAGACUGAUACAUCAAGUACAGAAACAUAAUUCUGUUAUCAUUAUAGGCGAAACAGGGAGCGGAAAAACAACACAGAUUCCACAGUUUUUAUAUGAAGCAGGGCUGCACAGGAAUUCAGUCAUUGCUAUAACACAGCCUCGAACAGUUGCAGCUAUAACAGUGUCUCAGAGAGUGGCUUUAGAGAAAAGAUCUGACAUGGGAGAUUUGGUAAUAAAACAUGUAGGAUAUCGUGUAAGGUUUGAUGACACUACUUCAGAAAGAACAAAGAUCAAAUAUAUGACUGAUGGUAUGUUACUGAGGGAGGCUAUAUCUGAUCCUUUAAUGAAAAGGUAUUCUAUUGUUAUACUUGACGAAGCUCAUGAGAGGACAAUACACACGGAUGUUUUGUUUGGAGUGGUAAAGUCUGCCCAACACCAGAGACAAGAACAGGGAAUGAAACCUCUUAAGAUAAUUGUGAUGUCAGCCACUAUGGAUGUUGAUCAUUUCUCCAAGUAUUUUAAUAAAGCACCAGUUCUGUACCUAGAGGGUCGUCAGUUCCCAAUUACAGUGAUGUACACUAAAGAGGAACAGUCUGAUUAUCUGUUUGCUUCCCUUGUCACACUCUUCCAAAUACACAGGGAAGCUCUUCCUCAGGAAGACAUUUUGAUAUUUUUGACUGGUCAAGAAGAGAUUGAGUCAGCUGUAAAAUCAAUACGAGAUAUUGCCAGGAACAUGACGGGGAAUGUACCAAAUAUGUUAGUCUGUCCUCUAUAUGCAGCCUUACCUUCACAACAACAACUUAAAGUCUUUCAGCCAACACCAAAGGGGUGCCGAAAAGUAAUAGUUGCUACCAAUAUAGCAGAAACUUCCAUUACAGUUCAUGGAAUAAAGUAUGUUAUAGACUCAGGAAAAGUGAAAGCUAAGAUCUACAACUCUCGAGGCGGCCUUGACCUUAUGAAGGUUGUGCAUGUUUCACAGGCCCAGGCCCAACAGAGAUGUGGCCGUGCUGGGCGUGAGUCUCCAGGGACAUGUUACAGAUUGUACACAGAACAACAGUAUGAGGCCCUCCGAAAAACAACAGUUCCAGAAAUACAAAGAUGUAACCUGGCUAGUGUGGUGUUACAGUUAACUGCUAUGGGUAUACAAGAUGUUGUUAACUUUGAUUUUAUGGAUAAACCGUCUUCAGAGGCAAUAUUAAAUGCAAUUGAGCAGUUGAAACUUCUUGGAGCAUUGGAAAAUACUGAAGAGAUUAAGUUAACACAAACAGGGAAACAAAUGGCAGAGUUCCCUCUUGAUCCAAGAAUGUCAAAGGUUAUCCUGUCUGCUAAACAUUAUAAAUGUUUAGAGGAGAUUCUGACCAUAGUGUCCCUGCUGUCUGUUGACUCUGUUCUUUAUACUCCACAAAGCAAGAGAGAGCAUGCUGUAGCUGUCAGACAGAAGUUUAUGUCUAGUGAAGGUGACCAUAUCACACUACUCAAUGUGUUCAGGGCUUAUAAAGGUGUUAAUGGCAACAAGCAAUGGUGUCAGGAGAAUUUUAUCAACAUGAGAAAUAUGCGUACAGUGUUUGAUGUAAGACGACAGCUACGAGAUAUCUGUGUGAGACAAGAUCUACCUCUCAAUACAUGUGGUCACGAUACAACCUCAAUCAGAAAAUGUUUAGCAACCGGAUAUUUCAUGAAUUCAGCAGAGUUACAGAAAGAAGGAGAAUAUAUGUCUUUAUCAACAAGGAAAACUGUAACCAUCCAUCCGUCAUCAGCAUUGUUUCAUUGUAAACCAGCAUAUGUUAUUUAUAAUGAACUGGUUCAGACCACUAAAUGUUAUAUGAGGGACUUGUGUGUGGUAGAUGCCGACUGGUUAUAUGAUACAGCACCAACCUAUUUCAAAAAGAAAAAACCAGGAGGAUAAAUUCUUUAUUAUAUAUUCUGUUUUUUUUUUGUUUUUUAUUAGAAAUAUUAGAAAUAAAAGCAUGAAUAACUAAA